UUGUUUGUCGACGCAAGCUCAUUGAUACUCAAAAGUGUUGUUGUGUGCUUUUGAUGUAAAUUCUUGAUUUCUUGCAAGUUAGAUUUCAAGGUUGUUAGGAGCCACCAAAUCAUAUGAAUUUCUGAAAAGUCAGCUCUCAGUAGAAUUAAAAAAGAUAUCUCAGAGAGUAGUAGCAUGGCAUGCAUCUCCCUGCAGAUUUUGAUACAGAGAAGUUUAUAUUUUAUUCAUUAUCCCUCCUGAGUAAAUGUAGAACAUGUAAAUCACUACUUGUAUGUGGGCUAGGCAUGCUGCCCACGUCGUAACUUUCUCUCCUCUUUUAAGCACUUCCAUCUCAGGCCCCAUCCUUGCAGUCUAUGCCCUUUUAACUCUAUGGCACCGCUUGUGUCAGCGUUUGUGCCUCCUGCAGCUCGCAAAGCUACCCAAGAACCAGAUGAAUUUGGGGAUGAACUUAAUGAGUUGAACUUCUUAGCCUCUGGUGAUGAGCCUGAUAUAUUGGUUAAGAAGGAAAGUCCCCAGAAUGAGAAGCAGAUAUCGGUGGAUCCUAUAUCGUUGUCGCUGAGGGAACCGAGCUUUAACUUGAUGUUGCCUCCUGUUAUUACAUCUCCAAGAGACGCAGCUCCUCGAGUUCCGCCAGUUCUACCUCCUGUAAAAACCAAGUUCAUAAGCUGCAGCCUCCCGAACUCCACCACAUCUUCUCCUCGAUUUGGCUCAAUUCUGUCAAUGAAAAAAUGGAAGAACAAUGAAAGGCAAGCUUCUCCUAAAAAAGUUGAUAAUCUGGUCAGGCAGCAUUCAUAUGCACAUUCGCGUCUUUCGUUAUCACAGAAUGCCAAGCUCACAAAGAGCAAGUCUUGCGGCGAAGGAAGAGCCUCUGCACCACCAGAUGAGCUUGAACUUUGCUUUAGCAUACCUAGAGCUCCUGAAUUCAACGAAAUCUCUCAUGCCAACUUUUCCAAAGCUGAGACUAACGAAGAUUUUUUUGUUAACAAUGUUGAUCCCUGCGACGAGGACUUCAAAUGUGGCGGCUUUUGUAUGUUCCUCCCUGGUUUUGGCAAAGCAAAGCCGGUGAGAGCAAGAGUGGAAGAGGCAGCAGUGAUGGAGAAUGCGAUUUCCAGGGCAGUUUCUUUAGAAAAGUUUGAAUGUGGAUCGUGGGCAUCAUCUGCCAUAGUUCAUGAUCCUGAAGAGGAUGGAGACUGGACAAAUCAUCUCUACUUCGACUUGCCAUUGGAGUUGAUAAAAAACAAUGCAAAUGAUGCUCAUUGUCCGAUCAAUGCAGCCUUCGUCUUCAACAAGGACUUGAAGGGUGUGCUUAAAAAUGGUUCAACAUCAGGAAGAACAACUGCUUGGAAAUCCCAUGAAUCGUCUCGCCACGUUCGGUUCUCUGUAUCUUCACCUACAACAUCAUUCCCUUCAUCACCAGCAUCAUGCAUUAGCCCUAGGCUGCGCAAGGCUAGGGAGGACUUCAAUGCAUUCUUGGAAGCUCAAAGUGCUUGAGAAUGAGAGUCUCACCUGUUUUUUUGGUACUUAUAUAUGCAGUGUCUCAUUGGU